GCAAGAUGUUGUUCAGUUUCUGGAGAAACUGGUUCUGAGACAGGAGCCCGAAUCCCCCUGGACAACAAAUAACCUGGAAUCAGAAAAGCAACCAAACACAUCAGCAAGUCCAGUCCUGUAACCAUGUAAACACACAAAUUAGAUUGUGGGGAGAUGGAAACAGGCCUGUGUGCUGUCCCAUGGGUGCCAGUGAAUAUCGAUGGUUCUGAUCUUCUGGCCAAAGCCUGGUUCGGUGACACACAGUACCGGCUUCUGCUGAGUGACCUGAACACUGUGUGGGAAGAAGACAUGACCGCAGAUGACAUCCAGAGUCGAGCACAGGAUCUGAAUAAGCGUCUGAGGGCUCCUACACAAGCUUUUUUCUCUCAUCUGUGUUCUGUGGCACGGCCUUGUUUGUCCAGUGAAGAUGAUGAUCAGAUUUCUACUGCACACAUUACUCUUGAACAGCGUGGUGACAAUCUAACAGUCAAACUCAAAAGUGAGCUGGCUGGGUUGCCGUUCUACUGGGAGUUCCGCUGCACCACAACACCUGUUGGCGUGGUGUGCAUGCAUCUGGUGCGCCCCCUGCUGGCAGUGAGUAGAGUCCUGCAGCGGCAAGUGGAGGAUCUAGCUGCACUUUUGGUUCAGAAGGAUGCAGAGAUACAGGACUAUCAGGAGAACGGAGCUGUCCUAAGUAGAGCCAGACUUCAGACGGAGCCGUUUGAGGUGCACAGGUACAGGGAGAACUUCUUCACACAGAUCGUUCCACAGAUGGGUGUGACGCUGGACAGUGUGGGUUUUGACUCCGAGUUGCAGGCUCUGUACAUGGCCUUGAGCUCGGGGAAAACGGGUCAGAAACGCAAAGGCUCUCCUGACAGCAGUCCUCCGGCAGAAGACCAGCACGUCUCUGAACAUCACCAACACAUCACUGAUGUCCCCACAGAUGUGAGUUCUUCUCUGGCUUCUCAAGAACAGAAUGAUGUCAAAGCACCAUCACGGAGACCUCAGGUGGCAGACAGUAAACAGGAUGUCCCGUUACCAUCAGCUGUUGGUUCUGAGGAACGUUCCACCUCACGGCCGAAGAAGAAGAAAGCAGUGGGGCUUUUUCGGUGACUGUUCAUGCUUCUGAAUCAGAAUAGUGCACAUAUGGACCCUUUUAUUUUCUGAAUGCUUUAUAAACAUUUUAUUCUUUUUAGGUUUGAUUUUAAAGUGAUUAUGGACAUUUCAUUAUUGUAUUUUAGUCUGUAUGCCCAUCUUAAUGUUUUAAAAGCCAUUAAUAAAAUGUUGCAUUUUUUAAAUACA